AUGCGUGAGCAUCGCCAGGUAAUUUCCCCAGUAACGGUGAUCGUGUUAGCGGAUGCAUUGCGGAAGAAAAAUAGUCCAAUCAGCCCAGUGCUAGACAUGGCACAACAAACCGCCAGCUUCAGAAAAGCUACUGGGUUUGAUUUUCCAAGAGCUGAGGGACGUUUCGAGUUCCUGUCCAGCCCUCCGGAUGGACUGUCUCUGGCUUCGAACAAGUGCCUGCUCCAUGACUACCGUGUUUUCAUCAGUGGUGAUAGUGGCAGGCCUCCCUCCGCAUGUACCCCAUCAUUUCCUCCUUGCCCGCUGACGAUCUCCGGCCAUCCAUCUGUUUCGCAGUGGGGCCUCGUGUGUGAGCGAGUUUGGAUCAAGCGCUGGGUCUCCACGUCAUACCUCUUCGGCCUCGUGAUUGGUGGGCUUCUGUUUGGCUUCCUCGCUGAUAGAUUUGGCCGAAGAAAUCUCCUGGUGGUGAGCAUAGCGACGGUAGGCUGCCUUGGCGUGGCACUGCACUUCGUCAGGAGACUUAUCGUUUUCCUCAGUCUACGCUUCAUUCAGUCCAUCUUCAUCCAGUACAUGUUCCUCCCCGCGCAGGGCGUGUUCGUGACGAGCUGGGCGCUGGUGGGCGAGCUGUUCCCGCCGAAGUGGCGGUGCCGGGCGCUGGUGGCGGCGGCCAUGGCGCGUCCGCUCGGCGUGGCUAUGGGCGCACUGACGGCGCUCUUUGUGCAGCACUGGCGCGCCGUGCAGCUGGCUGUGUCGCUGCCGCUGCUCAUCUCCUUGAUGUACUGCUGCCAAUCAGGGUGCGAUAUUUUCCAGAUAUAUUUCACAUAG